AUGAAUUCGACCAGUUUAGCUACCAAUUCCUUGGGCACCUCCUCCCUUAACCACGCCCUAAGGUCUCAGCCUUCGGUGGCAUCUGGUGUUGGCGAUGUCUCCCCGGUAGACGAAUCGGAACAACUUCAAGGAGGUCUGCACCACAAUAAUCAUGUCAAUAGCCAUGGCAGCCACGCUCAACAAAACCACCACAUGCACCUUCCGCAUCACCACAACCCCCAGUACGGCGCCAUGAACCAGCUUAUGCCUCUACAAGAGAACUUCAGCAAGAUAAAUGACAACGUCGCCAAAUUGGAGAAUGAUGUGGCCACACUCAGCCAGGAGCUUGCGUACUUCCGCCACGUCAUGGACUUCCAAAAUCUGAAAAUUGAAAAGUUGACCCUGCUAUUAUCCGACGUGCUACAAAACAAGGACACCUCGUCCAUAGUGAAUCUGUUACAGUCGCUCCAGGAGGGCGAUCCAUUUAAUGUUAACGAUAAUCAUGAGCUGGUUGAUGAUCUGGUACCGGAGCUGGUUCACGACUCUGUCCAUGAUUCCGUCCACGAUACAGUGCACGAGUCCGUUCAAGAUUCAGUUCACGACGUCACUGCAGCUAUUCCAUCGCUACAACUGUCCAAUAUGGUACAGGUUCCUGGUGUCGUUGAUGUUCUGGGUGUCUCCCUUAACAACAAUAUGGACCCUCAGCUCCACCAGGUGGCCCAGGCGGCCGUCCUGGCACAGGGCAAGGGUGGCAAGAGAAAACGGGCUCUGUACGCCAAGGUCAACGGAAACUCCGAUAGCGUAAAGGCCCAACAACAGCAAGCACAUCAGCUGCAAGCCCAACAACAGAGGCAAAUGCAGCAAGCAUCUAUUCAACAAGAUCAAAACCAACAGCAUCAACAACAACGAGGCCUGGCUUCCAUGCAGCAGAGGCAACAGCAAACACCACAACAGCUGCAGCAGCUGCAGCAACAGCAAUCUCAACAAUCACAGCUGCAACAACAAGCGGACACCUCCAAAGAUAGCUUGGUACUGAUUCCAGGGCUUGAGGUGGUGAGUGUUGAUGACAUGGGCGGCAGGAAAAAACCAAAGAUCUCUGUGGACUUUUUUCACAACCCCAUGACUGUGAAGGAUAUAUAUGAUGAGUUCACACGAGGGUUCCGUGGCCAGCCACCACUACGAGAAAUGGAUGAGAGAUUCGGCAAGCAUGAGUGGCGAGGAGACUCUCGUUCGAAAGAGCUGAAGAGAUUCCAGAGAAGGAAAAAGCUUUGUGAUGCCAUCGAGCGUGGAAUGGCCAAGUAUGGCAAAUCGGCGAUGGAUAUCAUACAAUACAUCGAGGAUUUCCGUGGUGAAAAAUCACUUACAUGGGUGAUGAAUGGAAAUUUGCCGCGUGACUUGCUCGAGUAA